GUCGAAAGUGGCAUUUGUCGCGUCUCGCGAAAAGCAAAUCAGCAAACAUGGCGCGAGGAAGCAGUGCUGGUUUUGAUCGACACAUUACUAUUUUCUCACCUGAAGGCCGUCUCUACCAAGUAGAGUAUGCUUUCAAGGCCAUCAAUCAGGGUGGGCUCACCUCGGUGGCUGUCAAGGGAGUUGACACCGCCGUUUUUGCGACACAGAAAAAAGUUCCGGAUAAGCUUUUGGACCCAUCCACUGUUACUCAUUCCUUCAGGAUAACUGAUCACAUUGGUUGUGUUAUGACUGGGAUGAUUGCUGACAGCAAAUCUCAGGUACAAAGGGCCCGUUACGAAGCUGCUCAUUACAAAUACAAAUAUGGAUAUGAAAUUCCUGUGGAUGUUCUUUGCAAAAGGGUAGCGGAUAUUAGUCAGGUCUACACUCAAAAUGCUGAAAUGAGACCUUUAGGCUGCUCCAUGAUACUUAUUGCCUAUGAUAGCGAAAAGGGGCCUUGCAUUUACAAAGCUGAUCCAGCUGGUUACUUCUGUGGUUACAGAGCUGUUUCUGCCGGAGCUAAGCAUACUGAAGCUAAUUCUUACCUUGAGAAGAAGUUGAAGAAAAAGCAGAAUUAUGAUUAUGAUGAAACAAUCCAACUAGCCAUUACUUGUUUAUCAACAGUUCUUUCUGUCGACUUCAAACCUACUGAAUUAGAGAUUGGAGUUGUUACAAAAGAUGAUCCUAAGUUCAGAAACCUGACAGAGCAAGAAAUUGAUAGACAUCUUACAACAAUUGCUGAAAGAGACUAAGGGAGUCAGCAAAGAUCAAUGUGAAUGUUGCUGUUCCAGUUUCGUACUUUCUUUAAUAAAUUAUAAAUUAUUAAUUAUAAUAUUAUUUUGUGUUGGAAUAUAAAUAAAAUACAACAUUUUUUGAA